UUUUAUUUUCUUUCUAUUGCAGAAAAACUCAAGAAUGAAUCUAUCCAAUUUCAUUAUAUGGAUUAUUAUUUUCGGACUAUUUCAACUUUUUUGCACGAGCACAUCAGAAUAUACAGAAGAAAUGGAAAUUAAUGAUGACAUAAACAAUAACAACACAGCUAUAAUCCAGAGAGGCGUCAACCGGCAUUUGAAAUAUGUUGUCCCAAUAGCCGUAAUUGGGUCAUUGCUGGCAGUUACUUUGCUUGGUACUACUGCAUGGUUAGUGUAUGUAAAGAAAAUGGCAAAAAAGAGAGCUAAUGAUGUGGAAAACCAAGCAGCCCAGUCACAGAACAAUUCUACAACGCCUGAACGUUUCUUCAAGGCUCUGUAUGGAAGAAUUAAGCAAAAGUUGGCAAAGAAGAAGCCAGUUCCUGAUGUGGAGAACCCACCAGGAUCGGUUCAGUCUGAGCAAAAAUCUAAACUUUUCUUUAGGUCUUUAUUUGAAAAACUGAAGCUGAAGAAAACAGAAAAAACAGUAACUCAGUCAGCUCAGCCAGAGGAGAAAUCAACGGUCUCUAAAAGUCUUAUAAGAUUCUUCAGAUCUUUAUUAGAAAAACUCAAGCUGAAGAAAAAUGAAAAACCAGUUGAGAUUGACAUUGAAAAAGCACCAGGGUCAGUUCAGCCAGAGCAGAAACCAACGGCAGCUGAAAUCCCUGUUAGGUCUGUGCUUAAAAAACCUAAAAUGAAGAAGAAGAAGACAAAGCCGACAACUAAGAAGUUGGCGAAAAAGAAGACAAAGCCGACAACGAAGUUGGCAGAGAAGAUGACAAAGCCGACAACAAAGAAGAUGGUGAGGAAGGUGAAGAAGAAACAAGUUAAUGAAGCGAAGAACCUACCAACAACAGCUGAAAGCUCUGAUAGGAAAGAGCACAGAGAAAAUGCAGAGAGAACAGAAACUCCUGUAAAAAAGAGCCUUCCAAAAGCUGAAAGUGCCGCUUUAUCACCAACCGCUUCAAGUUUUCUGGAGCCUCCGAUACCAAUAUAUGAAAAGCCUUCUAAGAAUCGGAAAUUGAAACAACAAUCUGUAACGAUUGAAGAGAAAAUAAGUAACACAGACGACACAAAAGGCUUGAUGCAGCAGUUGAUAGCAUUGCAGAACAAGUCACCUGACCUCAAACUGUGUGUGGUCAGCUAUGAACGGUUUGAAUACAAUAAUGAGGAAGAUGCACCAUCACUGAAAGUUGAGCUACAAGCUCCUCCUUUACCACCAAAGACUUCAGAACCUGCGGAAUCGAAGAGUGAUGUGAAAAGUCAGGACUAUGAACUGAAAUGUAGUGAUGAGGAAGGUGAAGUUCCUUUGGAAAUAUUGCUGGAAAGAAUGGACUUGCAACAGCAGUCUGAAGGGCCCAAGAGUGAUGUGAAAAGUCUGGACUAUGAACUGAAAUGUAGUGAUGAGGAAGGUGAAGUUCCUUUGGAAAUAUUGCUGGAAAGAAUGGACUUGCAACAGCAGUCUGCAGGGCCCGGGAGUGAAGCGCAAGACGUACAUAUCGAAAUGGUUGAUGACGCCAAUGUUGAAGAGCAACGUGACUCUUCAUAUCUAGAAAAAAUGUUCUAUUACUUAUUAACAAGUGUGUAUGCAGUGCAGACAUAUAUCCCAGCAUUUUUAAGUUCUUCAGAACCUGAGAGAGAGAUGCAACCUGAAAAGACUGAAGACACCAGUGUUGAGCAAGGUGAACCUCCAUCAUCAGCGGAGCAGAAAAAACCUCAGUAAACCUUUGGACCUGUAACGGAUCACCAUUCCCGACUGCUAGAUAUACUUUACACGACAAACUUCAAGCCAAUAUUAAUU